ACCCGCCGCGCGAAUCGAAAAUCGAUGCCCGCCUUCUUUAUCCGCAUAUUCUUGAUUUCUUUGCAUCUUGCUUAACGUCGUUCUACUUCUUUCUUUUCUUCUUCAAAUUCAUUUAUCUUCCUUCCGAUUUACUACUACAUAUUAAUAUACAUAUAUACACUUGCAUACAUACAUACGUUGAUUGGAGUUCUGUGCGAGAUUCAGCGGUUUUGUUUAGAAUUGGGCGAAAAUGGGAGUUCCGGCAUUUUACCGGUGGCUGGCGGAGAAGUAUUCGAUGGUGGUGGUGGAUGUGAUCGAGGAAGAGGCGGUGGUUAUCGAAGGAGUAAAAAUUCCGGUGGAUACCAGUAAACCUAAUCCAAAUAAUAUCGAAUUCGAUAACCUCUAUCUAGAUAUGAAUGGUAUUAUUCACCCGUGUUUUCACCCCGAAGAUCGACCUUCUCCUACCACAUUCGAGGAGGUAUUUCGAUGCAUGUUUGACUAUAUAGACAGGCUCUUUGUAAUGGUGCGCCCUCGAAAGCUACUGUACAUGGCUAUUGAUGGUGUUGCUCCAAGAGCUAAAAUGAAUCAGCAAAGGUCUAGGCGUUUUAGAGCCGCAAAAGAUGCAGCUGAAGCGGCAGCUGAAGAGGAAAGGUUGCGUGAGGAGUUUGAGCAGGAGGGUAGGAAGCUUCCUCCCAAGCAGGAAUCACAAACUUUUGAUUCAAAUGUUAUCACUCCUGGAACUCCCUUCAUGGCCACUUUGUCAAUUGCACUCCAGUACUACAUUCAUCUCAGGCUAAACUAUGAUCCUGGAUGGAGAAACAUUAAGGUUAUACUCUCUGAUGCGAAUGUUCCUGGUGAAGGGGAACACAAAAUUAUGUCAUACAUUCGUUUGCAAAGGAACCUUCCUGGUCAUGACCCUAAUACAAGACAUUGUUUGUAUGGUCUGGAUGCAGACCUAAUCAUGUUGGCUUUGGCUACUCAUGAAGUCCACUUUGCUAUACUUAGAGAGGUUGUAUUUACCCCUGGUCAGCAGGACAAAUGUUUUCUAUGUGGUCAAAUGGGCCACUUAGCAGCAGAUUGCGAAGGGAAGGCGAAGAGAAAGGCUGGGGAGUUUGAUGAAAAAGGUGAUACUGAAGUGGUGGCAAAAAAGCCUUAUCAGUUCGUCAAUAUUUGGACCCUGAGGGAGUACUUGGAGUAUGAAUUCAGAAUUCCAAAUCCUCCUUCUGAGAUUGAUUUCGAGCGCAUUGUUGAUGAUUUUAUAUUCAUGUGUUUCUUUGUUGGGAAUGAUUUUCUGCCACAUAUGCCCACGCUUGAGAUCCGUGAGGGUGCAAUAAACUUGCUCAUGGCUGUUUACAAGAAGGAGUUUAGGUUGAUGGGAGGGUAUUUGACUGAUGGCAGCAAGCCAAAUCUUGGCUGUGUGGAGCAUUUUAUACAGGCAGUGGGGUCAUAUGAAGAUAAAAUAUUCCAGAAAAGAGCACGCUUGCAUCAGAGGCAAUCCGAAAGAAUCAAGCGUGAAAAAGCACAAAAAAAACGAGAAGAUUCUGUGCCUGAAGUUGAACCUGAAUCGUUGGUUCCAGUUGCUCGGUUUCAGGGUUCUCGUCUUGCAUCUGGCCCCUCACCUUCUCCAUAUCAACAAGGGUUUAGAUCUGACCAAAAGUUGCGGUCUGGAAAUUCUCAUGAUGGCCAUACUCAUAACCAUGCUACAAAAGUUGCACGCUUGGCAUCUGCAGCCACAGUAGGAGCUGCAAUUGUUGAGGCUGAGAAUAGCCUUGAAAUUGAAGUGCGUGAUAACAAAGAAGAUUUGAAAACCAAGCUGAAAGAGCUACUUCGUGAAAAGAAUGAUGUUUUCAACUCAGAAAAUCCUGAAGAAGACAAGAUCAAGCUGGGAGAGCCAGGUUGGAAAGAGAGGUAUUAUGAGGAUAAGUUCUCUGCAAAAACACCUGAGGAAAUGGAAGAGAUACGGAAAGAUGUUGUUUUGAAAUACACUGAAGGCCUAUGCUGGGUUAUGCACUAUUAUUAUGAAGGCGUUUGUUCCUGGCAGUGGUAUUACCCGUAUCACUAUGCACCAUUUGCUUCAGACUUGAAGGAACUUGCAGGAUUGAGCAUAAGCUUUGAAUUGGGUACUCCAUUUAAACCAUUCAACCAACUGUUGGGUGUGUUCCCUGCAGCAAGUUCACAUGCACUUCCUGAGCAUUAUAGGAAAUUGAUGACAGACCCAAACUCGCCUAUUAUUGAUUUUUAUCCCACUGAUUUUGAAGUGGACAUGAAUGGCAAGAGGUUUUCUUGGCAGGGCAUUGCCAAAUUGCCUUUCAUUGAUGAAGCUCGGCUCCUUGCAGAGGUUGCAAAAGUUGAACAUACAUUGACGGAUGAAGAAGCACGGAGAAACAGUAUGAUGCUUGAUAUGCUCUUUGUGUCAUUGUCUCAUCCACUAUCUCCAUACAUCUUCUCUCUUGAUCAUCGCUGUAAACAGCUGACUGAAAAAGAAAGGGUUGAAGCAAAGGAGCCUAUUGACCCAGGGGCAAGUGGUGGGAUGAAUGGCUAUUUAUCCCUCUGUGGGGGAGAUCCGUGUCCUCCAGUUUUUAGAUCACCUGUUCAAGGAAUGGAAGAUAUUAUGGAUAACCAAGUCAUAUGUGCAAUAUACGGACUUCCAAAUGCCCAUAAACACAUUACUCGACCUCCAAAUGGGGUUAUUUUGCCGAAGAAGACUGUGACAUUUGGUGACAUGAAGCCGGAGCCUGUACUUUGGCAUGAGGAUUCUGGAAGGAGACCUAGGGAUAAUGGAAGAAACAAUAACACAGGAGCUAUGACUGGUCGACAACUUGGUGAGGCUGCACAUCGACUUGUAGCUAAUAGUUUACAGAUAGCAGAUAGGGGUGACUAUGGUGAUCAUAGGUACGGACCGCCUACAUCCUACCCCGGUGCUUAUGGUCCACCAUUGCAAUCCUAUCAAACGAACAGAUAUAAUGGCCACGAGCACACAAGGUUUGUGCCUAAUUCAAGCUAUUCUGCUCGAGAUGCUGGAGGUUACCAGAGGUCAUCACAUUCAACAGUCUCGCAACACCACCUUUAUGAUGAUAAUCAUAGCCAGACUAAUGCUUAUUCGGGCUCUCAUCAUGCCUACAGGAGGCCUAAUCCUCAUCAUGAAAGGAUUGACCAAUCUGUUGCCCAGAGUAGGGAUUAUCAUAGACAUGGAUAUUAUGCACCAGGGUUGCAGCACAAUGGGGGACACUCCUACCACUCAGGUGCCACACACCAUCAACAUGUGCACUUAACUCCCCAUCCACCACCAACUCAUAUACCCAAUCACAGAGGAUAUAAUCAUCAACCUUACGAGUCUGGUAGUUAUAAUCAUUUGGGCAGUGGUCAAGGUCCUCAUAGCAACCCAGGUGGUGGCAGAGGAUAUAAUUAUCCACACCAAUCAAGCAAUCAAUAUGCAGCUUUAAAUAGGGGAUCAAAUAGACGACCACCUUCUGACUAUCGGCGCUAGAGGGGUAGUAUUUUAGCUUUGGACUUCUCAGUUUAACCUUUGUAGCUUUGAAUUUGAUGUUACAUCAACUCACCAAGCAGAUGUAUGGAGCCAGGGGAGGAUGGAUCAUCAGUGUUGCCUGGAGCAAUUGCUUGCCGAUCUGUUUUGUGCUUAGCUUUGUAAUUUGUACCAUAGUGUCUCAUUACCUCAUUAUUUUUAUGUUAUAUUUGUUUUUUUCUAAAGAUAUAAAUUUAAUGUACUUCAAUUUGUUGUAACCGGUUACUGAUUGACGGGAAAGGUUGUAAUCUUGGAUAAAAGUUUUUGUAUUCCGUUGAAUCAUUUGAACCAAUUGUUAGUUUGUUAUGGGAAUGAGAAGCGAGCAUGAUUAGAAUA